CCAAGCGAGAGUGGAAGAGUAAGAGAGAGAGAGAGCAUGGCGGUGUUGGGUGGUGCGACGCCAUGGGUGAAGGCUGUUGCUCCUCCCAUUCUUCUGCAACAAACUUACACUACCCGAACCCGAACCUUCUUCCGAAGAACCUUUUCAGUCACUGCUCUUUCAGAAGCACAACAAGUUCCCGUUCGCGUUCGUUUCGCUCCUUCUCCUACCGGUAACCUUCACGUUGGUGGUGCCAGAACCGCCUUGUUCAAUUACUUGUUCGCUAGAUCCAAAGGUGGGAAAUUUGUUCUGAGAAUUGAGGACACUGAUUUGGAGAGGUCUACAAGGGAAUCUGAGGAGGCCGUGCUUCGAGAUCUUUCAUGGCUUGGUCUUAAUUAUGAUGAAGGCCCUGGUGUUGGUGGGGAAUAUGGUCCAUAUAGGCAGUCUGAGAGGAACUCUAUGUACAAACAGUAUGCCAUGAAACUUCAUGAAUCCGGCCACGUUUAUCGCUGCUUCUGUUCUAAUGAGGAACUAGAGAAAAUGAAGGAGAUUGCUAAACUAAAGCAACUACCUCCAGUAUAUACUGGUAAAUGGGCCAGUGCAACAAAUGAGGAAGUAGAAGAAGAGCUGGCAAAAGGAACUCCUUAUACAUUCCGGUUUCGUGUCCCCGAAGGAAGUUUAAAAAUUAAUGACUUAAUACGAGGCGAAGUUAGUUGGAACUUGGAUACGCUUGGAGAUUUUGUGAUAAUGAGGAGUAAUGGUCAGCCUGUUUACAACUUUUGUGUAACGGUGGAUGAUGCUUCCAUGGCUAUUUCUCAUGUUAUCAGAGCAGAGGAGCAUUUACCAAACACUCUAAGGCAGGCAUUAAUAUAUAAGGCACUAGGAUUUCCCAUGCCUUACUUUGCACAUGUUUCCUUGAUUUUAGCUCCUGAUCGGAGUAAAUUAUCAAAACGGCAUGGGGCAACAUCAGUGGGUCAGUUCCGGGAGAUGGGAUACCUACCUCAAGCAAUGGUGAAUUACUUAGCAUUAUUAGGUUGGGGUGAUGGGACUGAAAAUGAAUUCUUCACCCUUGAUCAACUUGUUGAAAAAUUCACUAUUGAACGUGUUAACAAAAGUGGUGCUAUUUUUGAUUCCACGAAGUUAAGGUGGAUGAAUGGUCAGCAUUUAAGAGCACUUCCAUCAGGGGAGUUGACCAAUCUAAUUGGAGAGCAAUGGAAGACAUCUGGCUUACUCACAGUAUCAGCAGGGCCCUUUAUUGAUGAAUCAGUUCAACUACUUAAGGAUGGGAUUGACUUGAUACCUGAUGCAGACAAGGCACUUGCUAACUUGCUUUCUUAUCCUUUACAUUCUACUUUACAAAGCCAAGAAGCAGAAUCUGUCAUACAAGAUAAUCUUUCAGAGUUUUCUGUCAGCCUCUUGGCUGCCUAUGAUAGUGGUGAUCUGGUAGCUGCACUUGAAGAUGGCCAAGCUGGUUGGCAAAAAUGGGUGAAAGGCUUCGGUAAAUCACUUAAGCGCAAGGGAAAAUCACUUUUCAUGCCCCUCCGACUUCUGCUGACUGGGAAACUCCAUGGACCUGAUAUGGGGGCUAGUAUUGUAUUGCUGUAUAAAGCUGGGACUACUGGUAUUGUUGCACCUGAAGCUGCAUUCAUGACACUGGAUGAAAGAUUUAAAAUGCUUAGGCAAAUUAACUGGGAAACAUUGUCCGAGGAUCAUCCUGUCAAAGAAACGGCUACUACGGUCUGAGAAGUCACUUUCAUGGUCUAUCAAAUAACACUGGUUUUACACUUCUAUUUGGAGUCUUCCCUCAUUCAUUUUUGUUUUUGACAAGAGAAUUCGAAUUUGUAAUUUUUACCGAGGAAUCAUCUUCAGUCAUAAUGAGUUUCGUUUUCUUUUGUUUUUUUUA